AUGGGCGACCUCCCCCGCUUCAGGGCGCACACGGCUUUGCACCCGGACCACCUGUGGAUCUGGGAAAGGUCCGUGUACGUGGACGAGAACCAGCGUACCUGGCUGCCCAUUAUCAUCCAGACGGAGAGCAGCCUCCAAGUGCUCAUGCGGCAGGAGAACGUGCCCCUGGGGGAGGCUGUGUGCCCCAGCCUGCUGGCCCCCGGCCUGCUGCCCUCCAUGUGGCAGCUGUACCCUGGCAGGAGGUACCGAGGCUCGGACUCUAGCUUCUGGCGCAUAGUGUACCACAUCGAGAUUGGCACAGAGAGGACCCAGCUCCAUGUACCUCUGGCUGCCAGGGAGCGGGGCCAGGCUGUGGGGCCCCCAGACAAGCUGUCCCACAUGGUACACGUCUGCCUGUGA